CAGGUCAUACAAGCUUAUCAGCACUCUAAACCAGGCAAGCGACUUUCACCCCAUGUAUACAGAAAGUGCAAAGAUAUCCUUAGAUCAAUGCGGCACUCUUCUAAAAGUCAGUGCUGUGUGUUAACGGGUGACAGUGCUUCUGGAAAGACUGAAAGCCUUAAGCAUAUCCUGCUUUACAUUAUCAGUACUAGUAUACCCACUCAACCAAGCUUGAAAGCAAAGUUUCAGCAGGUAAAGCUUUCCAACUUAAAAUUUCUAAGAGUAUCUGAAUUCUUAGGUACCAGAUGGUCAGAGGCCUCUGGUUUCAAUUUUAUUAAUAGUUACAGAUUUAGCCAAGGCCAAAAGCAAAGCUCUCGAGGCAUCUUUAAAUAGUUUUUUUAAAGCAUUCGAAGGGAUAACAAAGGCAUAAUAAAUGCUUAUCCUCUUCAAACGGAUAACUGUUAGUGUCCGUUUUGCCUUUCACCGUCACAAUUACUCCUCUGCAUCCUACAUUAUCCUUGCUUUGUCAUCUUCAGUACCUAAUCUACCAACCAAACUUUAAUUUCCCAUGACUGUCCACGACUGAUAAUAUUAUACUCCAUGACCUUCCAGGCCUGGAAAAUGAAAUUCUUAAUUUCAUGACUUUCCAGGUUUUCCAUGACCUGUAUGAACCCUGUUGUAAUUCAGUAAACUCAUACUUGCAGACAAGUUCGUCUCUCCUGGCAAAAUAAUAUGAGUUGAUUUUUAAAUGCCUUUUAUGCUAUGGUUUUGAAAAGUGAUACUACUGGUAUGUGUAAAGAGAAAAUUGAUCUGAAAAGUCUGAAGCCAGUAUGAGAAAAAAAAAAGUCCAUGUAAAUGAUGGGAAUGUAUACCUUCCCAAAAUCUCUAAAUACUUGAAAAAAAGGAAAUCAAAUGACUUCGGAGAUGAGAACAUUAGAACUGAAUAUGGCUAUUUUAUUAGACACAAAAAAAGGUAUUAAAGGUAAAGGCGCACAUGGCCUAAAGUCCCAAAUGGCUGGGGCUCAUACCAGUUUCCGUAGCAUGAAUCAUGCAUAGGAGUAUUAUUUGCUACUCUUCCCUGGACGGGUUACUAGUCCAUCACAGGGUUUAACCCCCCAGCAGAAUGUCGCCGGUACCCAUUUAUACACCUGGGAGAAGAGAGACAAAGUGAAGUUAAGUUCCUUGUCUAUAAAGGGAACAACACGACAGGCGAACCUGGGACCUCCAGAUCCAGAGUUCGAGGUGUUAACCGCUCAGCCAUUAAUAUGCCUCCACAUAUAUUAUACACGCAUUGUUCUCCAAAUCUAAUCUUUAUUGUGCACUGUCUUUAUCUCAGGUUCAGUUUAUAUUGGAAGCUUUUGGUAAUGCUGUAACUCCACAAAACCAUAACUCAAGUCGGUUUGCAUUGUACUAUGAACUCUUCUUUUCUCCAGAACACAAAUUAUCUGGAGGUAAUUAAGUUUUAAAUUUUGGACCAGAUAUUUAUUUCAUAGCUGAUAUGAUACAGAUGGUAAUAAUAAGAUACUAUACCAUAAGGUUCCAACAUAAACAGUCUCCUGUAGCGAAUAUAAGUGACCCUAUGAAUGAAAGAAAGCGUCAUUACAUUAACUUAGUGGAUGUUAGCAAAUUUCAAAAUUACUGAACCAGCCCCCUUCCUGAACAGAUCGAAAGUUAUGUAAGCAAUCACCAGAAGCAAUUUAGUUAUACUUUUAUCGAAAAAUCUAAAAAUAGAAAUUAACGGAAAUGGUUACAUUAAAAUAAUCAAGACAAAUGUUAUGUGAUACCAGACAAGUAUUAUUUUUAUUACAGGUAAGGUUUACCACUACAUGCUGGAAAAAUCAAGAAUUACUCGUCAGGAAAAGGUGCAUAAAUUCUGUAAUUAUGUUAAUGUGCUGAUUUGUGCCUUGCCGCCCAGAGGGGGUAGGGUCGAAGGAAUGGCAUUCUACCCCAUUUGCUGUUGCUCUAUAGGAAUGAUAUUGGAUGAAGUGAAUCUACUGCAGUGUUCUUACAAGUAAAUAAUUACUUUUUUGGGAGUGUGUAAGACCUUUCACAGUCAAGUAAGAGCUGGGGCCACAUUUAAAACAUGUUUGCCAGUAAUGAUAAUUUUAAUAUUCAUACUGUAAGUAAAAUAAAGGAGAUGGCUUGUGUACAUAUUUGCAAUACAGUUGGACAUGUCUUACCCAAAUUUGGUCUUCACAACGGCCACAUUUUUAGUCCUAGCAAAGAAAUACAUUCAUUUUUCUUUUAAUGCAACAGUAUUUGCAAUGGCAACCCCUCUAAAAUGGCCUGACUGUACCAGCUUACUGCAUUCAUGCAGGGAAUUGUAGCUAAGGAAAAGUUAUUAUAGGCAGGCUGUUUGUGUAACUUAAUAAUCACGCUCAAAAUUACCUCAAGUCUUUGUGUUCCUGCACAAUAUUAGCUUGUGGUAUCAGCUAUCUUUUAGCGGGUGAAAUUUUCCAGCAACUGCGGUGCCUUCGUUACAUCCCUGCCCAAGAUGACCAUUGUAGAGUUCAAGUUAGCCACGUGUAUUAUUCUUUUAUCCUUCUCAAUUCUCAGGGUGGCAAAAAUUUUCAUGUUUUCCACUAUCUCCUGUAUGGGAUGGAUGCCGAUAAACUUCAGGAAUAUUGGUUAUCUAGAGACUUCCCUCACAGGUAAUAAAAGUAAUUAGAUAUGUUGUAGCAAAUUUUUUAUCUCAGGUACUUUUUGUUUUUCUUUUCUUUUGGGGUAUGGUAAUGCAUGCUAAUAAAGUUGAAACAGAGAAAAAGGAAAAUUAACCUGAGAAAAAUUCUUUCAAAUUUGGUCAUCGGUAGCUGGUUAUGGUGAAUUAUGCGUGUGCUUUUAGCCAAUCAGAAUUGGGGAAAUAUUUUGAAUGAGUUAUAAUAAUACUUAAUUAACCAGUGAAAUAGAACGUAGACUACUAUGCAGCAUCACACUCUAAUUCAUUGUUUUCUUGUUUACUUGUAACUACAUUUAGCACUAAUAUUAUUGUUAGAUAUUGUUCCACGGGUUAAGUAAGAUCACUCUAUCUCUAAGUAAGAUCACUCUAUACGCCGGUCCACAUCAGCCUUUCGCUGCCUAUUUAUGUAUCUUAACCUCUCUUAUCCUGUCAUGUCAGUUUUAUAAAGAACUAGCAUUUUCAAUCUAAACCUUUUUUUGCCCAAACAACAAGGUACCUCCGCUAUGAUCCAUCAGUACCUGCAGAAGACAAUGCCAGCAAAGAAGUCAAAAGCACAAAGUAUUCAAAGCUAAUAAGCUACAUGGAGUCCUUGGGCUUCUCAAAUGAGGUAACUAAUUCAUUUUUUUGGGAACAAUGUUAGCUUACUCUUCCACAUGUAAACAAAUGAUUGGGAUAAAAGGUGGCGGGGGGGGGGGGUCCUACGCACGUUUCACGGACAUCACAUUAAGGUAGAAAUAAUUCAUCACGAUGAUUAAAAUUCCGUGUUUACGUUUCACGGAAAUUUCCGAGUUAAAAGGCAUUAUGUCACGGAUUUUGAUAUCGUAUUUUCACCUUGCGUGAAAAUUAAACCCCUUAAUCCCUUUUCAACCACAAUUUUAAGUUGCUAUUCAAGGGAUCUAACUGUCAUUUCUUGUAAGAAUUGUUAAUAAAAAUCGCCUCGGCUAUCAGGGAAGAAGGACUGUUUUCUUCCUUUCUAGCAAGACAUCAGACUUGACAGAGACUAAUUACAGCAGAACUACCUUCUAAUCCUUAACAUCCUUGGACAAUCUAGUAAAAUCUCUCGUCGGUACUGGUUGUUGUUGUUGAAAAUUAACUCUCUUCGCGCAUCCCCCAAUAUCACCCUUAGUAACCAGGCAAGUGAGAGAAGUGCGGCAAAAUCGAAAUUUAGUCAAGGUGUCGGCUGCUCGAGAAGUCUGGGAUUUUAGCAUUCAUAGCCUGUGCACAGACCUAUUUCUCUGUCUGAUUAAAACUACCUUGGACCUAAUUUAAAUUGAUUUUUUAAAGACGGUUAUGACCGAUGUGGCCAUGUAUGAGCUCAGAUGAUAUUAUUUGCAAAUUCCUGAAAUUCUCCGCAAUGGUGGCCAAGAGAGUAAUACUUAAUGCACUCUGAAAUUACUGAUGACAGUGUUACUGUUUUAACGUAGGAAAUCCAGAACGUAGUGAACUGUUUGGCAUCAGUUCUUCAUAUUGGAAACAUAGCAUUUUUCCCAAGAAGUCCAGAAACAAAUUUAGCAGUUAUCAAAGACCCUCAGCCUGUUCGUUGUGGUAAGAUGCAUUCGCAUGCGCCCUAUAUUUUUUGUGACACUGAGCUUUUCAUGUUGUCAGAUUAAAUUAUGUCGCAAUUGAAAAAAAAAUAUAUUUCAAGCUAUCCGUUUGGUUUUCAAAACGCUUUAGGGAAAAAUCGAAUUAGUCUAUGUGGACGUCAACAAGAAUGAUUGUAGCCAAAUAUAAGAAAUCAAUUACAAAAUUUAUGAUAAAAAGGUCGCUCUCGGGUUAAAGUACCCAUGACCUCUAAAAUGUUUUAUUAUGUGGACUGAAAGAACACAUUUCUACAAGAACUUCUUUCGGAAAAAGUUUGCACUUAAACAGGAGGGUAUUUUUUAAAUAAGUUUUUAAAAUCUAAAUUUUCCUUGGCACACUUAGCCUGGGAAAACGUCCGUUUCUCGUCGCUCUUCGUCGCUGGGGACAUUUCGCGAAACGUCCCCAUUGUUGCUACCCUGGGUGCCAGAGACUUUUCUAGCGCGGUUUCCGGUUUCUGUCAAGUCUUUAUAGUUUUUCUCGCGGCUUCGGCCAACAACGAAAAUUCCCACCGCACGCGCGAAAAACCUCUGGUACCCAGGGUACAUUGUUGCAACUUAAUGUGACAUAUCGUACUGGCAUGUUCCAGUUUGUGAAUUGGAAGCCGAAUAUUUCUAGAACUGGACACUUACUUAUACUUGUAUCUAAAGUCAUGUGUUCCUUGAUUUACGUCAAAGUUCCUUUGUUUUCGAGUGGUUUCCGAGAGAAGACUAACACUUGGUGUGCCAAAAUGGCAGCCAAUUUGAACGCGGUUCAAAAUAAUGGUAAUAGUAAUAAUAAAACGGGCCUGAUGUGAGUGAAGAAAAGAGUUCCACAAAAAAUGGUCUCCAGGUGACCUCCUGGCAUACAUGCUUUUCGAAAUUAAAAAAAAUGUUCAAGUUAAUUUUUAAAUUUGACGUUAUUAUUCGUUUGAAGAGUCAAUUUGAUAUAGAGUCACGCCACAAAGAAGUCCUAUUACAGUUUUCGAUGCCAAAGCAUACAAGUAGAGGUGCACUAUUUCGGCUAUAACAGCAUUUGCUACUUUAUUUUCCUUCCAGCUGGAGCACUUCUUGGUGUAUCUGAGGAAAUACUUGGAGCAGCCCUAAUUACUGGAACGGCUUAUCGUAAAGGUAGUAUAAACAAUUCUUUUUAUACUUCAAUAAUUGUCACAUCAAGAUAUGAUUAAAUACCCUCGCGUUGUAAUACCUGCGCCUUGCCGUGAAACGGCAAACGUGAAUUUGUACCACGUGACCACGUGACCAAGUUUCCCCUUUCUACACAUACAUUCUACACAUACAUUAGUAGUUUCGCGCAAUUUUUUAGUCAUAAGAAUUGUUUUGAGCAGUAUUUAUAUGCCGUUCAUUUUCUGUUUUGAGAAAUUCUCAACUUGAAUCUAAGAUAUGGUCCAAAUAUUAAUGACGAAGCGAAAGGUUUAAUCUGUAUUGGCAAGUCAAUUUGCGUGGUCAAGAGAAGCUAUAGAACACGCUUGGUGCAUUGUGCAAACCACGUAGUAAAGUUCAUUAUCAUCAUCAUCCGACAUCGCUACGCAUUAUCGUUACGGUUUUAAAUUAAGUUACUUGAUCUGCUUUUGCGCUCGGUUGCAUCGGAUAUCCGGGCUAGCGGGGAGUAAUAUAGGUGUUAGGUCUAUGACCUAUGAUUUUUUUUUCAUUUUUGUCAAUGUUUGGUUUAAAGGAGAGAAAGUUUCAGUUCAAAAGACUGUCGAAUCAGCAACAGAAGGACGAGACAACCUGGCAAAAUCACUGUACAGUCGUUUGUUCAGUUGGAUAGUAUUGAAGGUCAACAGCUCCCUGAAGGAAAACAGAGAAGACUUGAACAGGUAAACACAUUGCAAAUUAAUCUAGAAAGAACAGAAAGGAGAGUUCAUUAGUCAAAGUUGGGACUGACGGUCAGUGUGUUUAGCAGUUCGUCAGUUCCGUUUCUUUUUGACCAAGCGGGAGAAGAGAGGGAGACGAGCAAAUUAAGGCAUGGGGUGAAUGAAGCGACUGGAGGGCCCGGGGGCGAGGGAGGGUACUGCCAUAUAUGGGCUAUAUAGGUAUGUGCCGCUGUGAAGGGUAUGGUUUUCAAGCAGUGUACUCUGAGAUAGGGUUUAUAAAUCAGAGAGUUUAGGUCUAGAGUAGGGUAUCAUUUCCCUCCCCCCCUCCCCCGGGUUGGAGGGGUCCACUCUGAAGCUUUCCAGUGCGAGAAAGAUAGCUUCGUUAAAUGAAUUGACUAUUAUCAAUGUGAAGCUACGUUCCCUCAUACUUCUGCCACGGAAAAUCAAACUCGGUUGAUCGUUGUUCCCAUUUUUCGUUCGUUGUUCUUUGGCUAUGCUUGGCCGGAUUGAAAAGAUGUGCUUUUUCAUUUUGUCUUGUGUACAGUGGUUGUGUUGGAGAUGAAUCUUAGUGUAUUUCCCUUUUGUAUUUGAGUGCCCUUGUUCUCUCCGAAACCCUGAAAUCAGAAUCAUGGUAAUAGCGUUACGAUGGUGUCUUUUCAGGCAAAGUUCAGGUCCUUCACUGGGAUUGCUAGAUGUCUUUGGAUUUGAAAGAAUGGACGUUAAUUUUCUCGAACAGUUGAGCAUAAACACUGCAAACGAGCAGCUGACGUAUUUUUACAACCAACGUUUGUUUGCUUGGGAACAGGUACUCAUGGUUUUAUAUUUGUAGCAGAGUGACCAAUCGCAAACAACGCUAUGAAAUUAAAAUGAGCCAAUGAGGUGUGGCCUUUUCAAGCGCAAUAAAAUGGUUACAAUAGUUGAGAAAAUUUCGUGGUAUUUUCAAGGUUAGACUAUGAGCAUGCGUAGAAGCAAUAUAUGCAACCACGAAAAUUAUUUUCCAUACUUGCACUCCAGAAAGACGUCAUUUCAGCAUUUUGUGCGUUUUAUGUAUCUUAGCAAUGCGGGAUGAAACGAAACAACCAGAAACGUAUACAACUAAAAAAAAAUGGAGUAAAAGAAUUAUCGUUAUUAUGUUCGUAGCCAGGCUUGUUAAGAGUUCCUUCAGACCUAGAUUACACUGAACAUUAAUAACUAUUGUGCAAGUACUUGAACAUUAUUAAAUGUGCUGUUUUAUUGACGUUUUUUUAUAGGCUGAGCUUGAAGCAGAAGGCUUGCAUGGUAUUAAGAUGCCUUACCUUGAUAACAAGAAAACUGUGGAACUUCUGCUUAACGUGAGUUCAUGAAUUAAAAUCUUUGAAAGAAUUCGUAGGUUAUGGUGAAAUCGCUAUUGCGCUGUUCAGUUAUCGGAAGCAAGACAACUGUGAAAAUUUGAAAAUUAUGUGAAGCUUUGACUUACUAAAUAAUGUACAGUAAAGCAAGCAACAAAAACGUGCAACUUGUUUUGCAGCAUUGCUACAAAACGAGUCGAAAAGCGAUGUUGCGCGUUUUACUAGCCACGUACGUUCAAACCCGUCUUGUAAUAAAUCACCUUGUAGGCUGCGAAAAUUUGUUGCAGAAAGUAGAGAGUAGUUGUACUUUUUUCAACAAAACCUGUACAUGUUGCGCGAUUAACAGGUACAACGCAAACACAUGUAAGUGACGUAACUCCCGCGUAAUUUUAUCCAAUCAGAAGUCAGUAUCCACGCAUCUUGUAACAACCUGAUUUGUUGCAAAACAGGUUUGAUUCGUGGGUGGUAAAACGCGCAACAUGGGUAUUUAACUCGUUUUGCAGCAAUGUUUCGAAACAAGUUGCAAGUUUUUGUUGCCCGUUUAAUGAGAUGGGGUCUUCCUUGUACUAUUAAUGAUAAUGCGUAAAGUAGAAACCAACUUGUAAACACUAAAACUGUAUUGGUGCUCAGAAUCUCUUGUUUUCAACACAAACUCUAGUAAUUUGCAAAAGUUUCAAAGAUACCCGGCGUUAUUCAAUAAAACAAAAACGAUGAUAAAGCGUUGUCGAAGAGUGUUGACCGCAUAGACGACCGUCGACAGCAGAGUUGAUCCGCUAAGUCUGUGAAGGAAUGAUUGCGUUUUGUGUUAAAUGGAUUUUAAGCAACAAAAUCUGUUUGCACGUUUUACUGGCCCAACCGCAAACCCAGUGUCUUCCAACAAGUGACGUAAAUCACAUUUAUAGCACGAUUCCCGCGUAAUUUUAUCCAAUUAGAAGUCAGUAUUCACGCAAUUUGCAACAAGCUGAUUUGUUGCGAAACGGGUUUGAUUCAGGUUUGAUAGUUGGUGGUAAAACGCGCAACUUCGCUUGUCAAGUCGUUUUGCAGCGAUGUAGCAAAACAAGUUGCACGUUCUUGUUGCCCGUUUUACCGUAGCUUUAGCACAGUGGGUUUCGGGACGCUCGUCUUGGGUAUGUUUGAACCUCUUUCCUUUUUUUCUAGCCACCUAAUGGAUUGUUACCAUUACUGGACGAUGAGAGCAAAUCCUUACAGGCCACCGAUGCAGGAUAUGUAAAGAAGUGUGAUACUAUUCACAAAAAACACCCCAGCUAUGCCGCACCUAAAUUAGACUAUCCUGGCUUUACCAUUCGACACUAUAGAAGUCAGGUUAGUAAAUGUGGAACUAAGUCAAGAAUGACAAGGGGUUAGUGCCUAUGGGAAAAGUGUGACAUUAUCCUGAGUUUGUCAGACUUUUCCACACUUCCACACCUCUGAGAAGUGUGGAACUAAGGAUGAAAAAGGAAAGUAGGGAUCUUGUGGCCAGCACUGGACAUUUGUGUCGCGACCGGCGGCGCGCGUUUUUGUUUGGUCUAAUUCAUCACUUAUCAAGCUUACGCCACCGCAGCCACUGUUUAAGUUUUUUUUUUUUCACUUUCAGGUGACUUACGUAGCUUUAGGACUCCUCAACCAUAACCGAGAUUUGGUCGGUAACUCCGUUCUCGACUGCUUACGAGGUAAGGCAUCGUUAUUUUUUCUCACACAGUUUAAGCUUAACAUUGUUUAUCAUCUUGUAAUGCCGAGUUAACUUUCGCAAAGACUAUCUAGGGUCAUAACUGAGGACGCGCCGGUCAGCUAUUGGCCAAUUUUUUCCUUGCCACCUGUAAAAGUUAACUCGUCCCAGGCUCCUUCUCGUAGCUUAGGCCUCUUCCAUACGAAUCCGCGGCGGGAUAUUUUUGAAACCGCAUAUUUUUUAGUCCAUUGCACGAGUGAGCGGAUUCGCACUGGUUUCGUCAGUUUCGGCAGAAGGCCAAUUUGUAUAAAAAAUAUUUGGUUUCAAAAAUAUCCGGAUUCACACUGUGGUCGAGGCCUCUUUUAAUUAAGUUGGUGUCAGACUACUUUGUAGGGUAUUAAUUAUCCGCCUAAUGUUGUCUGGAAUUCCGUUUGCAUGUGCCACACUUGUAAAAUUCUUAAAUCUCCUUUCUCCUGAUCUUCUGAUUCAAAUUCUUAGUAAAAAAAAAAAUAUUUCCCCCUUUAGGUAGCGAAAGUGAAUUCAUCAGCAGACUGUUUUCCGCUAAGUUGUCUGGAACAGGUUCUCUUGCAUUGCAACCUGAAAGGUAUGGAGGGAAAUUUACUCACGUUCAUCUCAGCCUGGUGCCGUUUUUUGCCCUUGCACCUGCGAACUGUUUCUUAUAUCUGUGUUCUGUUCCCUUUAGGUUGCUGUUGCCAGAUAUUUUGAUGCAAAAUAAAACGAAUAUGAAAAGGCAAGUGAAGUCAGAAGCAUAUAACCCCGAAUUCGGGGUUAUAUGCUUCUGGUGAAGUGCAUAGAUUUAUAGCGAAUCGCGUGCACUGCAUAGUAAGUGGUUAAGUUACUUCUCUACCAACGCGACUCGUACAUGGCUUUUAAUUAUUUUUGUUUGUUUCGCAGGAGACCGACCAUAAGACAUAAAACUGCUGUGUAAGUAUAAAAACGAUAACUCUGUUGCUACAAUGGAGAUCAAAAGUCUUGGGACACUAAACACGAGAAGACUUAAACUGACCCCCUUUUCCCUUCACCCCAAAGCAAUGUUGUAUUUUAUUCACCCUGUACGCUUUACCCUGUCCCUUAAAAGUGGAGGGGAGGGGAGGGGAGGGGAGGGGAGGGCCAUUAGAGACAUCUGAACUAUUGCGAAAGUGGAUCUUUGGCUACAUUUGCGUAUUUGAUAUGUUUCCGGUGUUGAAGGAAGGUUUUAAUAACUGCCCUAAGGAUGUUUGGCCUCCGUUGUACUUUUUCAGCGCAGAAUACAGUUACUUUGAAAUAUCGGGCAAAAUAAAUCUGCUUUAAAUUAUUGUACUGAGAUCGGUGCUACUUUCUAAAGCAAUGCCAUUGUUUCUUCCCCCACCCCCUCCAAAAAAGGGAGUUACCCUGAGGUUUGUUAGUUUUGACGAGUUGUACCAUUUAUGGCAUUUUCGAGUCAGUGGACCAAUAUUUAGUGCCCGGUAAGAAAAGAUGUCGACGUCUGCCAGGCAGUUUUACCUUCUCCUCUCCUAAAACCCUAAAAAAAGAAGGUUUGUUUCACAAGGCGAUUUUCAAAUAAUAUUCUUCCGCUAUUGAGUUACUUUCGCUGCUCCACUUUCUGAUUGGCUGAAAGCUACUUGCCCCUCUAUGUCAACCUAUCACAAGCUCAAACUAGAACCAACGCGUAUUUGCUUCGAUAUCUAAUUGGUUUAUUUGACGCAUAUUUUGAUUGGUUAUAGCUAAAAUACUUUGGUUUUGAAUAUCGUAACUCUCGCGCAAAUGAAAUUCGCUCUUUUACGUACUCUUUUUUCAUGCAGUGUGCAACAUUUGGCGAGUAAAAAGAAGGCGCAAGGUACCACUACCAGUUUCCUGACGAUCGCAACGCGGUUAAGGGUAAGUGUAUUCUGUGACGUGAAGUCUGAGUGAUGCCUUUAUUUAUAGUGGGUAACACUUGACAGUUGUGAUCUAAACAUGUGGCCCUCGAGAGAGGGCAUUGAUUCUUUCAGCCUUUCAUCUCAUUUUUUCAUAAUUAUGCCUUCUGGCAGAUCUGAAUACAAACUAUUCACGUCGGGACUUACUUAUCAAUUCCCCAUUCCGGAAACUACAAGGCAAUUGGGUACAAGCCUUUGGCGCAACGAUUUUUGGGAUCAUUUAUGUAGACAAGCGUUACUUGUGAUUGGUCAAUGGAUGCCUUGAAUACUGUCGACCAACGAUUCCAGAAAUCACUGCGCCUAAUGCUUGUACCAUUCUCCCUAAAGUAUUUGUAGUGUGGGGAAUAAUGGUAACGGUUCACUUCAACAAAAGACACUUACCACUGAAAACAACGGGCACUGCCCUUAGGAUAAAGCCCCGGUAAAACAAAAUUUAGGCGAGGUAAACACAGAACUCAGCAGCUGAGCACAGAUUAUGUAAGUUAGAUCAGAAUGAACCAUUUGAAAUCGGCGUUGCAGUAACUCUGAUGAAAACUGACAUGAUCUAUUCUCUUGCAGAAAUCUAUCGCAGAACUUAUGGAGAAGGUUUUGUCCUGUGAUGUUCAUUUUAUCAGGUUUGUACGUAUGGUAUCACGAGUUUAAGCUGUAGAAGACAGAUUUUACGUAAAAUUCUUGACAAUUUUAACUCUUUUGUUCCGCCCAUGAAAUCAGGUGUAUCAAGCCUAACCGGGAGCAGUUACCGAAUCAAUUCGAUCCUGAUAUUGUCCUGUCACAAGUGAGAUCUUUGGCAGUGGUUCAGACAGCGCACAUCAGAAAUCUUGGGUAUCCUGUGUGGCUCUCAUUUGAUGCAUUCAUGGAAAGGUUUGGUCCGUUAGAAGUACUACCUAGUAGAAAACAAAAGUGUUUUACUCUGAAAUUAGACUUUUAUAAUCUAGGCCUCGUUCACACGGAGAAAAAAAUCUCCGUUUUCAAAACUAUCCGGAUAUCUCUUUAUCUCCCUUUUUGUUUCUCUUUUUAAAUAAUUCCAAUUUGGUUGUAGUGCGAGAAGCAAAAUCAGAGAGUAUUUAAAACAAUAUUUUCCGAACCACUGGUCGAAUUUCAUAAGUGGUUUCUCUCUUCCAGCAUUUACGCCUGGGUGUGAAUGCUGAUUAUCUUGCAAGACUUUGAAUCAGUUUUAAGUGUAGCCAUUGCGAGGAUGGAAAAGCCGUAUGUUCUUUUUAUUUUGCUUUGAUUGUAAGGAUUUUCUUUUCGAUUCACAGGUUUGGUAUUGUUGUGGGUUUGCGUCCCAACGUUCCAAUCAAAGACAAGAAGCAAACUUGUCAAAAGAUGCUUCGUCAGCUAGCUGAACCUAAAGGCUGGAUAAUAGGAAAAACCAAGGUAGCGUCUGAUUCUUGGGAAAGUUAACAACUUUUUGAGACACAAAAAGAUUUUUUAGCGUUAGAGAACGGUCAGUGCUUUACUGGAAAAUGAACACACACGCGCGCUGGCAUUUCAGUGAACGAGAUUCACAAUAAUCCCAUGUAAAAUCCGUAUGCAAAUGUGGCAUUUACUAUUCUUGCCCCAGAUUUAUUCCUUAUGCAGUUUUCACAUUUUUGCGACAUAUUUGCCGUUAGCAAAUUGGGGCAAAUCCAUUUUUUUUCGUCCAGUGAUAAUAUAUCUGUAGAACUCGUUAAGGGGUCGCGGAGCGGAAGAAAAUCCAUUAACGCGUGUAAAUCGUGCGUUAUACGCCAUUAACGCACUCUAAUCAGCCAAUCAGCUUCCAGACGUUCGUGCUGAGGACGAUGUAUAAACUGGAUACAACUUGGUCGCAGCCGUGGAUUAAUAAUUUAGUGCAAUGACUGUUUGAUUAGUUGUGAACAUGUUCUUCUUAUCACAGGUUUUUCUGACCUACUGGUGUCUGGAUCGAUUAUACACAAUUCUCGAUCUGAAGGCAGCAAAGGCUGUCGUUAUACAGAAAGGUAGGAAUAUUAUAACUGGUGUACUGAAACAGAGAAGUCUGUACUAUGCCAGGAUUAUUCCUUGUUUCCUCUGAGAGUUCCUACUUGUCUGUGUUACCUUUUAAUUGGAUUGGUGGGGGAGGGGGCCGGAGGCAUACCGUACUAUUGUUCUUGCGGUUGUUUUCUUCCAUGCAAUAGGUUCAAUCCAGCGGCUUCGUGUCUUCUGUCGCCUUUUUAUCUUCCUUAUGUCGCUGUAUCAUCACCAUGUCGCUUGUCGUAAUUAGCUCUGAUAAUUACCAUGGGAUCAGUAAGCGGAUCAUUCGGGGCGCGGAAUUUCCCAGGAGGGAAGGGCAUACCUAAAUGUCCUCCGGAGAUUUCGAUUAAUUCGCACGCCAUCAAUAAUCUAAGAUGGUUGUUCUUCGAUACCGGAGCUGCACGCUCAACGAUGUUUAGCCGUAUAGAAAGAAGAAUUGUUCACACUGACAGUCUAGUUUUGAAAAAGUUCUCAGUACAUGUAACUUUUUUUUUCUGUCGGGUACUAAAAGUUAACGUUUUGCUUUCAGUAAGUAUAAAAAGAGAAAUUGUUCACAUGCAGUCUAGGUUUGAAAAAGUUUCCAAUAACUUUUUAAAUUUUUCUUCUGUCGAAUACUAAAAGUUAACCUUUUGCUGUCAGUAUCGCCGACUCACACUGUUUGCAUUUGUCUUUAUUGAUAAGAAACAUACCCUCUUGGCUUACUUAAGUUUAGAAAAAAAAUAAUCGAUAAACAAACCUUGUUUAUCGAUUAUCGGCGUAUUCUGGUGACCUACCGAUUCCGUUCUUGGCUUUAGAUUCGACGCGUUUGAAUUACCUGAUCUCCUCGCUAAUGAGAAAUAAUUGCGUCCUUUUGCUGGGCAUUUUUUUUUCUUUUUUUGAUAGCUCAUACGUCAGUAUUCUGUCGUAUGUGUUUUUGUACGUUCUCUAUAUUUUGUAUGUGUUUCAGAGUGACGGACUGAUGAAAAAAAAAAAAAACGAUGAGGAGAGACUCAGUAAUAUGCACAGCUUUCACGUUUUCAGCCGCCAUUUUGUUACUUUCAUCUUUUUCACGUACAGCAGUAGCGAAUAUCUGGACAAUUUUAGACAACAAACAAGUCUGAAACUAGGGUUGAAAUGCACAGUUACACGACUGAGGCAUUCAAAAUAGCUCACCAACAUGAUACGUUAACGUGCCCAUGUUUUAUUUGCAGUUUUCAGAGGCUGGCAGGCGCGAAAACAUUUUAUCAGGCUCAGGAAUCUCAAAGGUGCACAAGAAAUUGCCGUCAGAGGUUUUCUUGAUUCGGUAUGUCUGUUGUUCUUUAUGAUGAAUUCGUGAUUAAUUGUUUAAAACAAGCGCAGAUCGGCUUUGAGGGAUAUUUGGGGAAAUUUAGCUUACACGAGUCAUGCUUUUCGCGAGAAUAAAACCUGUAGUAACGCCUUGCUCCUCAUCAUCCCCUGUUUGUUAGUGAUAAUUUUUUUAUGAAGUUAACAGUUGAUUUUAAUCAUGUUCUAGAUUGCGAAACAAAGUGAGCUGUUGUCGCAACAUAUUUCUAACCAAGUAAUGGAAGAAACCGCCAGACAAAAGAGAAAAAAAAGCGAGGUAAAACCCCACACCUUCUCCUUACGGUUCUGGGUCAAUGCUGUCGGUACUGUUGCGAUGUCAAUUUCAAGUCGUUUGCUUGUCACAAAUCAACAUUGGUAAAGAUCGAUGCUUUUGUCUCACUACUUUAAAAUGCUUCACCCUGUAACAAGUCGAGAGUUAGAGAUUUGAUACGGCUUCUGGCUCAGUAUGGGCGCAUUCCAACAGCCAGGCCUGGCCAGCCGGACCAUGGCCGGACCAGUCAUUUUGACAUUGAAAUAGGCUUUCAAAAACCAUGUCUUUCGUACAUACUAUUUAGGAUUUAACUGAUGUGGCUGGAUAGUUUUGAUUUAAAGUAACAUUUUUCAUUAUGACUGGAAUCGUCUGGCCGCUCAGUUCUGACAAAUCGAAAGCCCCCAUAGACAGAGCGGAUGCUUUUCAGUUGAGGGGCCAAACAAUGUUCUAGACUGACCCAGCUGUUCGGUUGCAAACGUCUUUGUUGACUGGGGCGGAACCCCGAUGUUACGAAGGGUGAAGUGAAUUAUAUUUCGUUGUAAUGGGGAUAUGUUUCGUUUUCAUGUUCACAGACCCAAAGCCCGUCGUCCCCCUCUUCGCACCAGACAGGUUUGUAUAUCUAACAUAUUUUGCUCAGGCUUAUUCAACAACUGCAAAUAACUUUUCUUUCUUGAAAGGAUCACUUAGUCCGGCUAAGUGACCAUUUUGGUCAGACAAAGUUGCAAAAGCAUGGUCAGACUCAAUCAAAGACACAUUAAGUGUCUCUAGUUCAAACAUUUUGCAUUGCUGUUGGCGCGGGCUUCGCUUCCCAGACGGAGGAGGCCUUGGAACCAAGCACGAUCGCCCAGAUGUAUUCUUCGUAUUCUCCCAGCUAUCUUCUGCCAUUCCCAUAUUAUAAGCUCAAAGGGUGACUUCCCAUCUGAACUCGCUGAGGACGACUGGGAACGAGCCUCACGGCUGCAUGACCUCAUAAAAAUACGAAAUAAAGGCUCAAGAAAGAUACAAAAGGGAAAAUGACGAUAUUGAAAUUAAGUGUAAUUGUAACUUUUCUAUUGUAUUACAUAAAUUUCCCAUAAAUGAGGACCCUUUUGCUAAUAAUUUCUCUUUGUGUUUCCUGUUGACACAGCUUUUGACUUUAGGGAUACCCCAGACGGGUUUCCUUCGUUAUCCCCGCGCAGCAAGUCCCCUCAGAAGAGAAUUUCAGACCUAUCAGUGAGUUCUCUCUCAGACCCAUUCAGCCCGGAUACCCCGGCGUCCCGACCCGGCCCCCCACAGUCAAGAAUGUCUGAUUUGUCCAUGAUGUCUAUCUCGUCUGUUAGUUCGGCGUUUUCAGUGGUAAGUUCAUGUGUAAUACUGGCGUUCCCGGGGAUGCGCGAACUUGUUCGUUGCUUAGUCGUAGUGUUGCUCAGUUUGACGCCUCUUAUUUCCGGUUUUUCCCCAUUUUUCGGUGAAUUUAACAUCGACUUUUACUCUAAAAUCUCACAAAAAACUGAGUGUUCUUGACAAAGCCGAUUGAAUAUUGCCGCUAAGCAUUUCCCUUCGAAAUAUUUCUUUUUUUACUUUACAAAAAUCUUACAGCUCCAAAGCCCCCAGCAAGGAAGUAUUUUAAGGGAAUUUGAAAUUUUGAAGGAAUAAAUUAUGAUUCAUAGUUUAGUGCUAGUGUUCAUCCGGUGUGUUCAUUGUUUUCACUUUUGUGACCUGUUCACAGACCCCCUCAGUAUUUUCUCUUUCGAGAUCGUCGCGCGCCCGUAUAAAAAUAAAAACCGCGGGGAAUUUAACGACCGCUAUAAACGCAAGGGGUGGGGGUUGGAAAAAGAGGACUGAAAUUGACGGUCUGUGGACAUCAUUGAAAGCAACUUGAAUUUGUUUCUUUUUUCUUUUCUCCCGCUCUUGCCCAAGAAAAAGAACACGUCUGUGGACAGGCUAUCACUUCUUAACAUUGUUUCACUUUAUUUAGGAAUCUGAUGAGUUUGAGACAGCUGCACCUCACGUCUGGUGUCGAAUAUUUUGCUUUGAACGAGAACAUCAGAGAGCAGAGUUUUCUGUUGAUCGCCCUUCAAUCAUCAUUGAUGGAUCAAACAACUCCUUUGAUGUGACAAGGUACUAUAAAUUGGCGAUCUGAGACCAGAAAAAGCUAGCAAUUCUUUUCCAAGUCAGUGACAAUUCAAUGAUUUGUUGUGUUAGACAAAAGAAUAUCACAAGCGCCACUUGCACUUUCUUCGUAUGAAAUCACUAUAUUACAGUUAUUUAUUGCAGUUUAUUGACGCUUCCAGUAGCUUAAAAAUGCCGUUGUAACACAUUUAGAUAAGGUUGCCACGGUCAGAGAAAAGUCAGGGAAUUUUUUAAAAAGUUAGGGAAAAUCUUUGAUAUUUUCAAGGUCAGUGAAAAGUGAGGGAAUUCUGUUUGCCGGUUUAUAAUUCAUAAGUUUUCUUCAAGACUUUGAAAAGCAUUUUCUUUCGGAAAAGAUGAAAAGUAUGCUGCAAAGCAAGCGAAGCGAUCAAUUUGACAUUCUACGCCUGACACAUGUGGUAGUUGUGGUCAGUAGUCUUCGUUGUGAAUGCUUUCUUCCAAAUUCCUUCUUCCUCUUUCGGCGAAAAGCUUAAAGAGGUUGAAAACUGAAGGGAAAUAUGCAGAUGGUCUGCAAAAAAAGAUAAAGCGAAUGUAAACAUCGAUUGUUUCUCAUUAAUAAAAGGUCAGUGAAAAUUGUUUAGUCAGGGAAAAGUCACGGAAUUUUUAACUUUCUGAUGAGUGGCAAUCCUAGCUCCCCAAGAAUAUCUUUUAAACUCGCCUCUUGCAUUUAAGCAGACCCUUCGUUAAUGAGGGUUCGCCUUCCCUCCUUUCGCAUCCCCGAAACAAGAGUAGGUUACUUAUAUUUUAAGUGCAAGCCAACUGUAGUUGCUUUAUGAUGUAUUCGCGAACGUUUACGGAACGGGAACUCCCUGUUGGAGCGGCGGACCAGCAAUUUAUCCCUGAAUUUUCAACUUGUGUUAUGGAUAUGAUGUUACGCUUCAUGACGGUAGCUUCAAGUUGAUAAGUUUCCUUAUCCGGCUUAUUAAGAGUCUGUUGAAGAUUUGCUACGGGGAAAAAAUCCUUAUGAUUAAUGAUUCCCUCUUUACAGAAUCGGUCUGGGAGCUCUGCCGCCAAGUUCUGACUCAAAAGUUACAAAGGUGCGAGGAUGCGUUGGAAAGGUAAAAACUUCCCCUUCUUGUUAUUGCUGAAUGAGUGGGUAAAAAUCUAAACCUAACGAAACAUAAACAAAAAGAAGCACUUAAUUCGAAGUGAAGUGAAGUUUCACACAAGGAUAUGUCACUUUAGGAACUAUCAGACACCGACGCAUAGCAUGAUUAACUCACACAGAAUCUCUUUAAGCGACAUAUAUUCUUUUGUUGAUGGAAAAAACGAUUCUUGGUUUUGUUAUCCGCAGGGUGUGGAGAUUGUUAAUGAUGACGAAGGAAAUGUUUGGGCAACUCGAGGAAGUAAAAAUGCUAUCUUUGUUAAGGUAGGCUACCUGUACUUACUUCCCGUUGUGCUAGCUGUGGUGUGUUUUAAACUUAUUUCAACGUUUCAGUUCUGUUUUUUUUUAAAAUUUAUUUGUAAUUAAUUUUUACUAUUUCUUUUUUUUAUUAUUAUUUUUUUACAAAAAAAGAGUUUAUUCACUCAUUUCACUAAUUAACCAGCACUUAUUGGCUUCUUGUAAUACCUUAAAUUAGUAAUUUUUGCCACCAUGCUUAUACUUCUGGGCAGCGAAAAGUUUCCUUUUAAAUGGGAGUGGCCCAAGUACCGCUGAGUUUGUACGUGCGUGUAUAUAGAGACUGGGUUCUUACAGAGUCUUGAAUUCUUGAAAAAGUCUUGAAAUUUUCCCAGCAAUUUUCCAGACCUGAAAAAAGUCUGGAAAAUAAAGAUAAGGUGUGGAAAAAUGGUAAAAAUUCUUGAGUUUUUUUUUUCAAAGCUACAGCAAGUGCUUUAUAAGUGAAUUCUUUUUUUUUUUCGUUUUGGUCGAAUCUUACUCAACCUCGCCCGUGCGUUUGCAUUGCGUCAUGAAAAAAAGCUUUGUUCCUGCGUUUUUUAAGGUCUCUAUAAAUCACCUAUUUCAUAACCUCGAGUCUGGAAAAAGAAAUUAUUCUUCUGGAAAAAGUCUGGAAAAAGUCUUGCUUUUUGGAUUCAAAAAUCUGUACGAGCCUUGAAAGAGUACUGGUCACAGUGACUAGUGUACUACCUAGAUAGGUGAUAUGUGUUAGUAUCUAUACCUGGGAGAGCACAACUAGCUGAUCGAAAAUCAUGAGUAAGCAGAUGCUCUUUGUGAUAAAUUAGCGGAUAAUAAUGCGCUUCCGGAAGACUGCCCACCUACCCCUCCCCUAAGCCAACAUUUUGCCCUGGAAUGCGGCGUUUCUGAUGGAAAGGGGAAAAGAGAAGCAGAAAGGGGAAACAGUAAAGAUCUCCCUUCCCCCCUCCCCCCUGCCCUCUAAAAUUUGUUCUCUCCUAACCCUUAAGGAAGGCCUGAUAUUCAGCCUAUUGAUGAAUAAGUUUCGUUUCCAGGGGCAAGCGGGGCCUACACCAUUAAUACAUAGAUACUGUAAAGAAGAUUUGCAACUAGACGAGGCAAAAUUAAUAACUGCUCAAUACAUGUAGGUUACAAGGACCAUGAAACUAUGACCAUGAUUAAAGCCGUUUCAUUUAAUUUUUGUCAGGGUCAUUUCUUAUCCAACGAAGUGGUUGCUUUAAAAGGUGCAUUAGAAAAAGAUGCUGCAAUGAAGGUUGGUUGAAAUAGCUAUCAUAUUCCACACAUUUUCAAGAGAUAUUUAGGCUCUAUUUUUGUUACAAGCAAACGAAAAGUUGGUGUCAAGAGGAAAGAAAAAGGCUGCGACGGAUAUAUUCUAGUGUGCCGUUUUUUCUGCCUUAAACAAUAGGUUUAUAAUGGCUGAAUGGAAAAUGUUCAUGGUUUUGCGAAAGACAAGAUAUCGCGAAAAGUAAAGAAAACAACAACAUGACAAAAACUACAAAGAACUGAAACAAAUUGGUCUUGCGAUUGCACCAUGGUCUUAAGACGAAGCAAGUCACGACAUUGAUGCUAGAGGGGCUGGUGUUCUUAGACGUUCCUCCAUUGAAGACAAGGAUGUCUGUUUUGUAUGUGUUUCCCUCCUUUAAGGGGGGGGGGGAAGGAUUGUGCGGGGGUGCUGGGUUGCAUAGUCGUCUACUAAAAAUUAAGGGCAAACAUAUUUAGUGUCGUUAUUUCUGUCGUAGGUGUUUGACUGGGAAUCAUUCGCGGAUUCUGUUCGGUAUCACUGCCUCCAUUCUAAGAAUUUUGACCACAAGAUAGAGAAAUUGGUCUUGUCAAACGCCUCCAUCUUUUUCAGCUUUGUUAAAGAUGGUAAAGAUGAUGUUAACACGCCAUGUUGGGUUCAACUCGAUGUUCUGGAAGCUUUUCACCAAGCACAAGGUACUGUAAGCCGUUCCGACUGCAUUCUUUCAUAUUCUCGCAAAGUAGAAGCUGUUUUCAUUGGUGGUCUAUUUAAGUUGCUCAGUGAGCCAGCCUUUGUUGUACGCUUUAAGGUUGCGCGCGGGACUGGGUCCGUGUGGUGUCUAAGUGCAUUAUGGGACUGUUAUAGCGGACUAAUUUUUACCCAAUUUCUUGCCAAACAAAGAAGAGCUACAAUAGGGCCUUUUAUACGAGGAAAAGUAAGACGCGUCUUACAUAGGACGCGUCUUAAAUAAGACGCGAACUUUUCGCAUAAACGGCACAUUUCGUCUAAAAUAAGACGCGGCCUAGCUAAGACGCGUCCUAUUUUAGAACAGCCCUUAACACCUGUUCUAAGAUAAGACGCGUCUUAGCUAACACGAGAAAAACUUCGUAUAAAUGACCUUCGCGUCUUACAUAAGACACGAACGCAUGGUGCGCAUGCGUUAAUUUUUGGCGCGCCAGGUUGGAUUGCCGUCGCUACAGGCAACAUUAACAUGAAAACGAGUCAAGAACAGAACUAAGACGCGAACCAUUUGUACGAGCUGUUCUCGUCUUAGAUAAGACAUACUCGUAUAAAUGGUACAGUUCGCGUCUUAUUUUUCCUCGUAUAAAAGGCCCUAAUGUCCUCUUAAACAUUUCCACUAUGCAAUAGCCCACGUUCGAUAUAUCAAAAUUCUAACAUGACUCCGUCGUUUUACUAUAUUAGGUUUGGUUUUCUUUGUGCUCAAUUCUCUUUUGGGAAUUGCGAGACAAUGCAGUCGUGGAAAAUUUGAAAUUUUGACCCUAGAGCCUCGGAGUCGUGUUAGAAUUUUCAGUAUCGAACGUGGGCUAACAACAGCAACCCAUCCUCACGCGCUAUAGGCAAAUUUCGAAUUUCUCCAAUUCAUACUUGGCUCCGAGGCUGUGAGGAAUAAAACAAAAGAAAUGGAUUAUUUAUACCCCUAAAAAUCAAUGUGAUUUCUCUUGUUUUUUACCCCUAUCCCUCGGAGCCAAGUACGAACUUUAAGAAUUUUAAAUUGGCCUGUUUCAAAAUGGCCAUGUUAAUAUGUCUUAUAAAGUUCUGAUUCCAUAACAAAAGCUUUUGCCCGCUGAGUUUAGGACCUAAAUGACUUUUAACAAUUACUCUGUUGAAGGUUCAUUUCAUGUUAAUUGAACUUGCCCAAUUAUUUUCUAAGCACCGUUUUUUUUUUUUUUUUUUUUUGGGGGGGGUCAAGAAUCACUAAACCGGCCUUUUUGUUGGCUAAGAAAGAUAUGAAAAGUUUGGCAACGCGCUCGUAAAAAAGCUCUGUAUGGUUGGGCAAAGCGGAUAUUCAUUAAUCAUGCUAUAAAAUGAUACAAAGUUACUAUAUUAAAAAAAAUCUUGUGGGCUUCACGAGUAAUUAGAAAUUCAGAAAUCGAUGAGAUAUCGGCUGGAACAUUUAUAGUGUAGUGAUAUAUGCCUGUUUUUUGCUUAGAAGGGAAGGUUUUAUACAAUAACUGAAAGCAUGAAUUUAGUGAACAUUCAGUAAACAUGCAGUAUUGAUAGGAAGUUAGUAUUAGGAAACAAAAUCAGUGCUCUAAUCUGUAGAAAGGCUUUACUGGCUUUCUGUAAUAACGUGCAGGCAUCUUCCUCUUUUUACCUUUUCAAACAGCUGCUUGUAAAUAUGCUCGCGACAAACGGAAACAAGAGAAGCAACAAGCGAUCAACGCGCUGCCGCCAAUUCUUCGCCCAAAGACGAAAAAAUCCAGGGAGCUGGCCGGCGUGUCACGCUUUCAGCAAAAAGUUCGACCACGACGCUACAUCGAAACGUUCCGGUUUAACCGGAAGAAAUGGGCCCGGAAGGAAGUUGCUCUGAACCCCUUUUUAUAUGGCAGUACAGAUAUAUCUCAAAUACAGCGCCAGACUUCCGUGAAUACGUCACCAAGGAAGAGCACCAGUGACCCGGAAGAAGCUCUCGGUGGUGCCUCCCCCGUCCCCAAGUCUUUGUCGAAUGUAUUCGGCAAUAGCACUGAUGUUAUGGACGGAGGGGCAGGGCAGAGUCCUUCUAUGAACGGCAGUUUUGUUGUCAGCGAUCAGGAAAUUUCAUCCCCCAGGAACGGCUUUCACCAUCAGAAUGGAUUGGCGUCGUCGUCCAUUGUGGAGAAGCCGGACAAGAAAGUCUGGGCAAAGCAAAAAGUCGCUGAUAACAAAACUAGAAAAGGAAAAAAACGAUCUUGA